AAUAUUUAUUAGAUAAGACCCAACAACAAAUCUGCAUUCAACAUUUUGUGGCAUCGAAAUAGUCUCUCCUUUCAUAAAAAAAAUCCCCAAAUUAUUGUUUUCCUCCAAAAAUUUGUUGAUUUUUUUUUUGUUUUUAACAUAGUGGGUAUCUGUAUGAAAUGAAGCAUGUGAAGAACAAACUUCACCUUACCAACUUUAUUACAUUCGCAGAUGGAAGGCAAUCAUAAUUCCACCCCUAAGGAUUACUACAAAAUAUUGGAAGUUGAGUAUGAUGCAACUGAUGAGAAGAUCAGGUUAAAUUACCGAAAGCUUGCACUUAAGUGGCACCCUGAUAAGCACAAGGGUGACAGCUCCGUCACCGCAAAGUUCCAAGAGAUAAACGAAGCUUACAACGUGUUAAUCGACCCUGAUAAACGGUUCGAGUAUGAUAUUACUGGAAUAUACGAGAUCGAUAAGUAUACCUUACGAGAAUAUCUUGCCAGAUUUAAAGGGAUGAUUCUUACUUGCAACGGGCUCGGAAUCCCUCAUACAUCAAUAUGGACACAACAACUAAGAGAAACAAAUGAAUAUGCAGAUGAUGAAAAAGGAUGUAUCUGUUUACUCAACAUGUCGAUGCCAUAUGAUCGGCAGGGCCACUAUAUGAAUCGAAAAGCCGUAAUUUUAUCGGUAUUGAUCAUUUCAUACUCAUUGAACCUGAAUUUGUAAGUUAUCUUAUUUGUAUUAUUAUAUCUCCGGGUAGACGAACAUUGGGUAAAAGAAACUUUUUUCGUGCUGAUACGAGAUGUGUUUCAAUGAGGCUUGGCUUUAGAUUGUAUGAGUUCAAUUGAAUAACUGAAUAUAUGUGUGUAUAUAUAUGUAAUUUAGAUAUUGCCAUGGCAUUGCUGAUGCUGCAAUCUUAGCUUAUCUAAAUUUGUGGAGAGAUAAA